GUGAAACAGAGACAAAAUCAAUCUUAUAAAUCACUUUUCCAACUCAAAACAAAUACUACUCUACUUUAGUUCAUUGGUGUGAAGUGAAGAUACAAGCAUGAAUCGUUUCUGGACUUUGCUCACCUACCUUCAUUCUUUGGCUGGGCCAGGGGUGAUGCUACUCUACCCAUUAUAUGCAUCAGUUGUGGCAAUUGAGAGCACAUCAAAAGUUGAUGAUGAGCAGUGGCUUGCUUAUUGGAUUUUGUAUUCCUUUCUCACUCUUAUGGAAAUGCUAAUCCAACCUCUUUUGGAAUGGAUACCGAUAUGGUACGAUUUGAAGCUAGGAUUUGUGGCAUGGUUGGUUCUACCACAGUUUAGAGGGGCUGCUUUCAUAUAUGAGAAAUUUGUUAGAGAAAAGCUCAUCAAUAAAUAUGGAGGGGGCCCACGUCAGGCCAAGGGCAAGAGCAAAUUUGUAGAUUAUGUAGCUACAAACAAGGGAGAGCAGGAAGCUUACUAGUGAAUACUGAAGGAGAAGAAACAAACUGACUUUGAUUUUAAAUUUCCUCUUCACCUUGUCUUUUUUUUUUUUUUUUUCACUUUUUCUUUUUCUUUUUCUUUUUGUUUUUCUUUUUCUUUUUCUGAGCUGCUGUGUAUUGUAUGUAUGAAACGAACCUAAUUUAGUAAUUUUAGUUGAUGGGUGCAUUGUAAAUUA